AUGGUAUCACAACGAGAUCUAUCAUCUGCUCCUUUUCCAUCUUUGCGAGCUGAUCGAACUGAUGAGAUUUCGGCGACAAUUGCACGCAUCAGGUACGCCAGAAGCUCAGAUUGUACCGAUACGGCUGCAGAAUACAUUGCUUCUCUCGCUGUGUGUCUUCCAGGAUGUGGACCCCUCGCCCUCCCGGGGUGCAUUCUCGGCCUCACCAGGCCAAUACCGCCCCACCACCUGCCGGCGCACGCACCCGUCUUCCCUCCAGCAGCAGCAGCAACCCUCCCCCUGACCAGAUCCGCACCUUCAAGACCAUCAUCUCGCAGCACCCAGGCUCAAUCAGCGUCAAGACCCUUCGCCACUCCCCGCCCAUCCACACCUGCCAGGAGCUCAUCCACUUCUGCCACGGCAACCCCCUCGUCCUCAUGUACACCCUCGAGAUCGACUAUGCGGUGGCCACUGCACUGGUCGACCAGUGCUUCGCCGCCAUCACCCCGGCGCCCUCUCGCCUCGGCGACCUGUGGUUGGACGCCCGGUCGCUGCCGACAGGACUGCCCACCAUCGACAGGGGGCUGCAGGGUGGUUUGGCGGCCGGGCAGGUGUUCGAGUUCGCCGGUCCAGCUGGCGUGGGCAAGACGCAGGUGUGCUUCUCGCUCGCCCAGUCGGCACUGAUGCAGCAGGAGACUGGAGGGGGAGGGGGAGGGAGCGUCAUGUGGAUUGACACCGAGGGCGCGUUCAGCCCAGAGCGGCUGGGUGAGGUGCUCAUGAGCCGGGUGGAUGGUGGGGCCACGAUGUCGGCCGACAGAGGAGAUGACGAUGAUAUGGACAUGGAUCCCAUUGAGCAUCCGGCGGUGCGGGAGGCGUUAGGUCGCGUGCACGUCAUGGAGUGCCACUCCCUCACCGACAUCGACAAGGACCUCGCACCCCUACUCGCCAAUGACACACCAACAGUACCUCCGCACACCGCCAGCAGCAGCAGCGGCAAGACCAACUGGAAGCUGGUCAUCGUCGACUCGGUGACGGCCGCCGCCAAGCGCACCAUGACCACCACCACCACCACUGCGCCUCAGCAGUCGGCCCCCGUAUCAGCCAUGGGCGCGCGUCAGAUGCAGCUCAACUCCCUGGCUGAGAAGCUCAAGGUCAUCGCCAACAAGCACGGCAUCCCCGUGGUGGUGACCAACCAGGUGGCCGGCAGGGGCGGAUGGGACGAGGCAGGCGACGCCGCACUGGGGCCGCUCUGGCACCAUGCCGUCAACUGCAGAUUCCUGCUCACAUACAGCGUGGAGCAGCGGCCGGGUGAUGAUGACGAGCAGCAGAAGGAGGGGCAGGAUGGCGACCAGUCGCAGCCAAUGCUGGUGGGUGGUGCUGGGGUUGGUCGGGCGGGAGUGAGUAGUGUGAAGCUGACGGCUCAGCUGCCGGCGUGGCAGCUGGAGAUGGGCGAGCGUGAGCUGAUAGUGCAGAAGAGCCCGGUGUGUGGGCCCGUGAGGGUCAAGUACACCAUCCACAGCGGGGGGGUGGCGGAGGUCAGAGAGUGAGGGGGCAAAGGGGGACGGACAGGCGGAUGGAUAGCUCUCUUGGAUGGACACCUGUGUGCCUUCCUUCAUGUAUCGCGAACGAAUUAAUUGUUGAUAUGUAAUGUAUUGCACUCGU